AUGGCCGACCUCAAAGAUGUCGAGGCGCCCCAAAACACGCACAGUGAGGACAAGGACGCUGUCGCCUUCGAGAUGGAUGACGUGGCGGACCAAAAGGGCCAAAAUGCGAUUAACGAAGCCGUCAUGGACGCGGAACUGCAGCAGCUUGAAGAUCAAGUGCACAGUCUUCCCAAAUCCCGCUUCGAGAUGACUAUUGCCAACCCUGCUACCUUCACCUACAUCCUCGUCGCUUUUGCGUCCAUGGGAGGUAUGCUGUCUGGUCUUGACCAGUCACUUAUCAGUGGUGCAAACCUCUACCUCCCCGUUGAUCUAGGCCUAUCUUCAGCAAACAACAGUCUAGUCAAUGCCGGCAUGCCGCUCGGAGCCGUUGCUGGUGCUCUUCUCCUUUCUCCGGCGAACGAGUAUCUCGGUCGUCGUAUGGCCAUCAUCGUCUCCUGCAUUCUGUACACCAUCGGCGCCGCCCUGGAGGCUGGCGCCAUCAACUUCGGAAUGAUCUUCGCUGGCCGAUUCAUUCUUGGUGCUGGUGUCGGUUUGGAGGGCGGUACCGUCCCAGUCUAUGUCGCAGAGUGUGUCCCUCGCAGACUCCGCGGUAACCUCGUCUCCCUAUACCAACUAAACAUCGCCCUGGGCGAAGUUCUCGGCUACGCCGUCGCUGCCAUGUUCGUCGGCGUCAAAGGAAACUGGCGUUACAUCCUAGGCUCUUCACUGGUCUUCUCGACAAUCCUCUUCGUGGGAAUGCUCUUCCUGCCAGAGAGUCCCCGAUUCCUAAUGCACAAGGGACGCGAGGUCGAAGCAUACGCAGUAUGGAAGAAGAUCCGGGGAUUCAACGACUUCGAAGCCAAAGACGAGUUCCUUGGCAUGCGACAAGCCGUCACAGCCGAGACCGAAGAGCAAGCCCAGUCGAAGAAGUACCCCUGGAUGGACUUCUUCACAGUACCUCGUGCACGCCGCGCAAUCGUCUACGCCAAUAUCAUGAUCUUCCUCGGACAGUUCACAGGUGUCAACGCAGUGAUGUACUACAUGUCAACACUGAUGGCGGCAAUCGGCUUCGGCGACAAGGACGCCGUCUUCAUGUCUCUUGUCGGCGGUGGGGCGCUGCUGAUCGGCACCAUCCCGGCCGUGUUGUACAUGGAACGGUUUGGUCGUCGGUACUGGGCGAACGUGAUGCUUCCGGGUUUCUUCAUUGGUCUUCUGCUCGUCGGUGUUGGCUACACUAUCGAUGCUGAGAAAUACCCCUCCACGGCGCAGGGCGUUUACCUCACCGGUAUUAUACUGUACAUGGGUUUCUUCGGCUCGUACGCUUGCUUGACGUGGGUCGUGCCUUCCGAGGUCUUCCCUACGUACCUGCGUUCAUAUGGAAUGACGACCGCCGACGCUAACUUGUUCCUGUGCUCGUUUAUUGUUACGUACAACUUCACGCGCAUGAUGGAGGCUAUGCAGCGGAUUGGUUUGACGCUUGGUUUCUACGGUGGUAUUGCCGUCCUUGGCUGGGUCUACCAGAUUAUCUUCAUGCCGGAGACUAAGAACAAAUCCCUCGAGGAGAUCGAUGAGAUUUUCUCACUUCCUACUGCUGUUAUUGUUAAGCAGAACUUGAAGCAGACUGCACAGGUUAUUCGGGACUUGUCGCGCUUCCGUCUUAAGAAGGUGUUUUCUCCUGAGCCGUACAACUAG